UUCUCCAGUGAAGAAGCCCACUGGAUUUUGUGUUUUCAAGAGUGAAAAUGCUCUUUGUUAGGUUGUCAGCUUCUUGGAGUGGUGAAAAAACCCUUGAUCUAGGAUUGGUUUGACAUUUCCUGCAUUCUGUUUAGGGUAGUUCUUGGUUUAUUGGGCCCUGAACUGAAGGGUGCAUCUAAGGUGAUAAGGUUUCAAGUCUGAUUUUUCAUCUGUCAGUGAUUCAGAGGUUUUAUUGGCCUAGAGGCUAGAACUGUUCCAUUUGAAUCUGUUAUUUCAAUACUACGAACUCAGAUGUCUUCCAAAUUUCCAGUUUCUGAAAUGGCUUGUAUGAAGCUGGGAUCCAAAACUGAUGCAUUCCAACGGCAAGGACAAGCUUGGUUCUGUACAACUGGACUGCCCAGUGAUGUUGUUGUCGAAGUUGGAGAGAUGUCCUUCCAUCUCCACAAGUUUCCUUUGCUUUCUAGGAGUGGGGUUUUGGAAAGGUUAAUUGCAGAAGCAUCAGAUGGGGGUGAAGAAGACUGUGUUAUACAGCUCCCUGACAUCCCUGGUGGAGCCAAAACAUUUGAACUUGUUGCCAGGUUUUGUUAUGGGGUGAAACUUGAACUUACUGCAUCAAAUGUUGUUUACCUUCGAUGCUCUGCUGAACAUCUUGAGAUGACUGAGGAAUAUGGCGAGGGAAAUUUGAUUGCACAGGCUGAACUUUUCCUUAACCAAAUUGUUCUUCGUAGCUGGAAAGAUUCUCUAAAGGCACUCCAAAGUUGUGAAGAUGUACUUCCCCAGGCUGAAGACCUCAACAUCGUUAAGAGGUGUAUAGAGUCUCUUGCUGCAAAGGCAUGUACAGACCCAAACCUUUUUGGUUGGCCCAUGAUGGAGAAUGGUGGACUAAUGCAAAGCCCAGGGGGAAGUGUCUUAUGGAAUGGUAUAAGCACAGGAGCCAGGCCAAGAAAUGCAAGUUCAGAUUGGUGGUAUGAAGAUGUAUCAACUUUAAGUCUACCUCUAUGUAAGAGGCUGAUCUCAGUUAUGGAAUCUCGAGGCAUUAGACCGGAUACAAUUGCUGGCUCGCUCGUGUUCUAUGCAAAAAGAUACCUGCCUGGGUUGAAAAGACGGCAGGGUGUCAGUGAGUCUAGCACACGUCUUGUUCCUGCAGCUUUGGGAACACUCCCAUCCGAAGACGACCAGAAGCUACUACUUGAAGAGAUUGAUCGCUUAUUGCCCAUGCAAAAGGGUCUAACCUCAACUAAGUUCCUUUUUGGGAUGCUUCGUACAGCAAUGAUCCUUCAUGCCAGCCCAUCUUGCAUAUCAAACUUGGAGAAGAGGAUUGGAAUGCAACUGGACCAAGCUACCUUGGAAGACCUUUUGAUGCCCACCUUCUCUUAUUCCAUGGAAACUCUUUACAAUGUUGACUGUAUACAGAGGAUUCUUGAUCACUUCUUGGUCAUUGAUCAGGCAACUGGUGGGGCCUCCCCAUGCUCGGAUGUUGACGGACAGUUGAUGGGAUCACCUUCUCUCACGCCGAUCACAAUGGUAGCUAAACUGAUAGAUGGGUACCUUGCAGAGGUUGCUCCUGAUGUUAAUUUGAAGCUUCCCAAGUUUCAAGCAUUGGCUGCGGCUGUUCCUGAAUAUGCCAGACCAUUAGAUGAUGGUCUUUAUCGUGCAAUUGACAUAUACCUGAAGGCACACCCAUGGCUCACAGAUUCUGAAAGAGAACAGCUCUGCAGGCUGAUGGACUGCCAGAAGCUCUCCCUGGAAGCUUGCACCCAUGCAGCCCAGAAUGAGAGGCUGCCUCUUAGAGUAAUUGUCCAAGUUCUCUUCUUUGAACAGCUCCAGCUGAGGACUUCAAUUGCUGGUUGCUUUUUGGUCUCUGACAAUUUUGAUGGAUCAAGACAGUUAAGAAGUGGGUUUGCAGGGUCAACCGAAGGGGGUUGGGCCACAGCUGUGAGGGAGAACCAAGUUUUGAAGGUGGGAAUGGAUAACAUGAGGAUGCGGGUUUCUGAGCUUGAGAAGGAGUGUUCGAACAUGAGGCAGGAGAUUGAGAAGUUGGGCCAAGUGAAAACUUCAAGCACAUGGGGCAGUGUAUCUAAAAAGUUUGGAUUCAAGCUGAAGUCACAGAUGUGCAGUGCUCAAGAAGGGUCUGUCAGUAACCAGAAGAAGGAUGUAAUCGGAAAGGUUGAGAAGGUGAAGGACAGACAUGGGAAGCAUAGGACAAACUUGUCUACAGAGAGGUAAGCUCUCGUUUUCGUUUUCCAUUCUUUUUCCGCUUUGUUCUUUUGAUCUUCAUUGUUUGUAUUUCUACUUAAGUUCUCAAACUGUGAAUUUCCAUCUUGCUCUUUUCUUUUUCCUUAUUCAUUUUCUUGAUUAUUCUCGAGUGUCGACGAUGUAAAGGAGAUGGGAACAGAUGCCUCUGUAAUUUGUUCUCCUUGUAAUAGAAAGCAGUUUUCUCU